AUGGAAUUGUUAUUAGUAAAAGAUGUUUAUCUUUCAAUCAAUGAAAAAAUUCUUCGUUUUAUUAAUCUGAAAAAACUUAUUCUUACUAAAUGUUAUUUCACAGAAAGAUUGAUUGAAAAUUUAUGGUCACUCGUUCAAUAUCAAUUGAAUGAAUUAAUAUUAACAAUUGAUAAAGAUACAUUUGAACGUAAAAUAAGAUCCGGAGUGAUUCGUUGUGGGCAAGAAUCAAAUUUUAUAUUUAUGGUUAAAGAAUUUAUUCGUAAUCUAUUUUCUGUCAAAUGUCAAUUAACUUCUCUUAAUCUUGAUAUAUCAAACGACAGAUCUACGGUUAAUAUCCACGAAUGUUUUUUAUCAUCUUCUAAUAUUUCUUCAAAUUUAAUUAACCAUGACUUUGUUACUCAUUGUACAAGUCUUCGUUAUUUGCAUAUUCAUUUAAUUCAUGGUUUUUUUCUUGAACAUAUUAUUGAACGUUUACCUUCUCUUGAAAUUCUAUCAGUUCAAUUUCAAUCUACAUUAGUCAAGGAAGAUUGCAUAUAUGAACCGAUGAUAAAAAAAUUUUCAUCAAGCAUCAAUUGGUAUGAUAAGAUACCAAAAUUAAAAUGUUUUACUUUAAAAAGUAAGAUUUUUGGUGACAACCAAUUAGUUUAUUUAAAAUGGAUUAUGAAUCAAGUUAAUUAUAUUGAAAAAUUGAAAAUUAGUUUAGAUAUAAAAGAAAUAACGAAUCAAAACUGUGUAAUUGAUGGAAAUUUUCUUCAUAAAUAUUGUAUGCCUGAUAUUUUAACUAGUUUAAUUAAUUUUGAUUUUUAUAUUGUAUCAAAAUGUAAAAUAUUAUUAUCAAAUGAUAUUGAUCAAAUAAUUGAUUCAUUUAAAUCUCAUUAUUAUUUUGCUGACGGUCAAUGGACAAAUGUAAAAUGUUUCUUUGAUCCAAUUAUGUCACGUCAACAUAUAUCAUCAACUACAAUAAUUAGACCGAGAUAUUUUGAUGGGAUUAUAGAUUAUCCAACUAUUUUCGAUUGGCAAUAUGUGAAAUAUAUACAGAUUGAUUUAUGUCCUUCAAUUUAUUUAUUUCUUAAACAGUUUGAUAUUCUAUUUCCUCAUAUAGAUUGUAUUAAAUUUGAUAUGGGAGAACAGAAACCAUUUAUUGUUUCAGAAUAUUUUGUAUUUUUGCAAUCAUCAAUCGAUUUAGAACAUUGCAAACUUAGUGAUAUUCGUUUUCGAUAUGUGACAAGACUUGAUUUUGGACCGUCUCUUUUUCGUGGUUCUGCACAUUAUGAAAGUUCUAACACUAAAAACAAAUUACGUGCACAAAUACUUGCCUAUCUUAUUUCAAUGCCAAUUCAACUGAUUUCUCUUCGAAUGCAACAAUAUGAAUGGUUUUUACAUCUUAUUGAAUAUGCAUCAGAUAAACUAAGAAAAAAUGCAUUGAAUACUGUUCGACAUGUCGAAUUCAGUCUUAAGAGCUGCCAUGCUGGUUCAAAUGAGUCAAUUCAUAUAGGAAAAGAUUUGGUAUAUCAUCUUAGUAAUUAUAUGCCAUAUUUACAAACAUUGCGUCUAUGGCGAACAGAUGAUUUUCCUUGGACAUCAAGUAAAUAUUUUCAAUUAAAAUAA